AGGUAACACUUAGCGCCCAAUAACCCAAUAAUCAAACGAAUCACAAAGAGGAUCGGUUAAUACGUGAUUAGAUAUUGAUGCUGAAUGUCGGAGAAAAUCGAAGAACUCCCGGAAUGUAGCCUUGGCCAGCAGCGCGUCUGAGGCCAGUCAACACAGUGCCUCUGGUCACUGAUUCACUCACAUCGCCUUCCGCUCCGUCGCGCCAGCUGUCACUUCUUAUUUGCUCUUGUUUCGUUCACUCGUCACCAUCCUACCCUCACGUACACGGACAUUUUCCCAUGAUGUAAACGCUGCUAAGCCACUCACAAAAGCCACCACACUUCUUGCAUGUGUCCUGAAUAUAAGAAGCGAAAAUAACUAAUUUUACGUGCCCGAGUUUGAUAAGUUAACUACUGGCGGGUAAAAUAAACGCAGUGUAACGACCAUUGAUUCGAGUGUUGACACCUGCCGCCUCCGAGAAUGUCCGCCGCCAGUUCAGAGGAUGGGCGGUGGUUGGACAACUCGAGCCCUGCCCCGCCCGGGGGACUCGUAUGCAAGGACUUCUUCCCCAAGCCGGACCCUGACCUGUCCAGUUGCUGCAGCACGAUCCAUCAAAGUUUUAGUGAGACGGUGCAGCAGGCGAACGAGUGGCUGAGUCGGUACGAGGCUGCUGAGGUGGUGAAUUGCGAGGCCCUUCCCUUCAGCUCCUCGAACACCCAGACCCACGUGGCGGAUGGUUGGCCCUCCACCACCCACUUCAGGGGUUUGCGUGUGUGGCUGAGGGUUCCUGAGGAUGGCGGGGACGUGGGCCGCUCCCUCCUCAGCUACAGAGACUACUCGCCGCAUCUCGACCGGAAGAAUCUCUUUAGCCGCGACUACGAGGACGUGACGGUGCUGGUGGAGCGGCUCAACGACUACCUCGCCAGCCGCACCUCGCCCGUCCGCAUCGUCUCCGUGCAAACAGUGGACACGCCCAUGAGCGGAUUACUGGAAAUGAAUGUGGAUACGGACAUGUCCCGCCUUACCUUCAACCAGCACGGCUUUACCAAGUACUGCCGGACGUUACGUGUGUUCUUCGUUACAUACUACCACAGAAAAAACAUCAAAGCGUUCCACUCCCGCCCGAAAAUUGGCCUCAAGGACUUCCUCGCUAAGACCAGCAAGCUCGACGGCCCGCCCUACGGCGGGGAGACGCUCUCAGACGUGAUGCAGCGGGCCGUCGACUGGUGCCACACAACCCCCGGCGUCACGCUACUUAACCUACAGGUGCUGCCGCUCAAGGUCGGGCGGCCCAGCGUGGCGACGACCUGGCUGCUGGAGAGUCCCGGUCACCUCGUCAACAAGUUCACCAGCUUCGUGCGAGUCAUGUACACCGAGCCCGGGGACUACAGCGAUGGAGAUCGGUCUGAGGAUCUUGUCGCGCCUCUCUCCCCGAGCAAGGCGUCGACGGUAGUGGCGGAUAAGGAAGGGGAGGAAGGCGAGGAUGUGACAGGCUCGAAAAUUUCCCUGCCGUCUGCCGAGGAAGGAGGCCUCGAGGAGGAAGAACCGCCCAAAGAAGACGCGAGUGACCUUCCUGGCGUGAUAAACAGCGAGAUCGAGACCGUCGAGACCAAGACCCCGAUGGUCAUGGGGCUGCGUUUCAAGACCUUCGUGCCGAGACUCGCCUCCUCAGCCGUGGGUAUGUGCGGGCAUGGGCAGUGGGAGGACGUGGACCAAACGAUCAACCGCCUGAACUCGUGGGUGUACACGUCCCAGGGGAAGCUGCUCACCAUCCACACCCACCUGGUCUAUAGCCGAGGCCGCCGUAACGAGGUGGACGUGGACAUCAUAGGCUGGGCGCGGCAUAUGGGAGGGGCGGAGCAAGUGGGCGUGUUCCACCUGGUCAUGGAGGGCGGCCGGUGCUCCACAGCCAUCCCUCCCGCCGUCCCUGCCUCCUCUUCCUCGUGUGCCAUCCUGUAGGGCCUGAGGGAAGUCCUACAUCACCGCUAUCCUUCAGACUGAUAUUCUACCCUUCGUUAUCCUGUUUCUGUGUUGAGAGGAUUCACGCAGCAUCCAACAAGUGGCCAUGGGAUUCCCACACCAUCGCUACCCUUCAGACUGAUAUCCUACCCUUCCGCACAGCAUCCAACAAGGUGCUCAGGGAGUCCUGCAUCAUCACUAUCCUUCAGACUGAUACCCUACACUUCGCAAUCCUCGUAAAGUCUUGCCAUCCCUGUGUUCCUUAUUCUGUAGGAUCUUCCAUGGCUUAGUAUGUCUUAUAUCCCUUUGGCACGUCCUGAGGAGUCCCAGAGUCCUACUGUUGUGCUCCUUUGGAAGUCCUACUCUCCUUCUGAGCAGCUGCAGGGCGUCAACUUUACAAACAAAUGCAGGCAGAAGCAAACAAGCUGUGUGUGUGUGUGUGUGUGUGUGACGUCCACCAGACAGCUGACCAAUGUCCAAGGGUGGAUGUUUUUAAUAGGAUACAACGAACCAACUCACUUUCUCUGUUCUCACUAGUGUUAGAAGAAAAAGCAAAAUCAUAAUUGUUAUCAUUUACCUUAAAACUUACAAUGUCACGUAACUUAAUUAACUGUAUUGAAAAAAAUAUAAAAAAAUAAAGAGCAUUUUGAUAUAA